AUGGGCUCGCCUCUCGCGCCCGUUGUAGCAAACAUUUUUAUGGAGUGGUUCGAAGAAAAAGCACUGGAGUCCGCCAGUGUUAAACCGCGAUACUGGUGGCGAUAUGUUGAUGACGUUUUUGCUGUCGUCACCCGGGACGGAUUGAAGGAUCUGACGUCACACCUUAACCAAGUGCAUGCGAAGAUAGAGGUCACCAUGGAGGAGGAGAGCGAAGGGAAGUUACCGUUCCUGGAUGUGCUGGUCAUCCGAGAGCCGAACGGACGCGUGACUCACACCGUCUACCGGAAACCGACGCACACAGACCGGUACCUACGAGCCGAUUCUCAUCACCACCACUCACACCUAUCUUCGGUGCCUCGUACGCUGCUGAACCGAGCACUUGCUCUAUGCGACCACAAAUACGUUGAUGCGGAACUAAGGCAUGAACUAUCUCUGAUCUUGGACAAGGAGGAGGUGGAGACGUCUCCCUUGAGAAAUGUCCUUCAUUGA